AUGGGUAAUAUAUGCAUUGCAGGAAAUGAACCACAUUAUACGAUAUUGAAACAAGUGCAGCUGGUUCACUUGGAUGAUCUCUGCAUGUCACUCAUUUUCCUCUUUGAAAAUCCCCAAGCAAAGGGCAGAUAUAUAUCUUCCUCACAUGAUGUCACCAUUGUUCAGCUUGCCAAAAUUUUGGCUGACAAAUACCCACAGUACAAUAUUCCAACCAAGUUUGAAGAUGCAGACGAGUCUUUGCCGGUAGUAGCAUAUUCAUCAAAAAAGCUUGUUGACAUGGGCUUCAAGUUCAAGCACACCAUAGAUGACAUGUUUGAUGGGGCCAUUCAAUGUUGUGUGGAGAAAGGAUUUUUGCCAAAAAUAGGAAUUGGGGCAGCAACAGGCGUUCUCAAUAAUAAUAAUUAGCUUCCCUUGUUUGUGUAAGAUUUUAUAAUAAAUAAUCUUGGCUAUCAUUUUAGAACAACUUAUUUCUAUAAUAAAUUCUCAUAUAUAGAAAGAUAAGUGAUCUG